CCCCAGGGUGAACCCGUGUGCAGCACGCCGACUACCAACCGUGAAGAACAGGCGGGACACCCAUGUGUCACUCAGUGGGGCCAUCGUGUGUGCCACGGGUGGGCGCUGUACCUGCUCCUGGUGAAGGGUCUGAUCUCGCUGUCCACGGUCCUCCUCCUCUGCCUCAUCGUGGCCUUCCACGCCAAGGAGGUGCAGCUCCUCAUGACGGACACCGGGCUGCGGGACUGGCGCGUGGCGCUGACGCGGCGGCGGGUGGCGCAGGUGGCGCUGGAGCUGCUGGUGUGCGCGCUGCACCCCGUCCCGCUGCGCGGCCCGUGCCCGGACGCGAACCCGCGCCGCGCCUUCCUGGGCCGCGGGGAGGCGCUGCUGUCGCUCGCCAUGCUGCUGCGCCUCUACCUGGUGCCGCGCGCCGCGCUCCUGCGCAGCGGGCUGCUGCUCGACGCGUCCUACCGCAGCAUCGGCGCGCUCAACCGCGUGCGCUUCCGGCACUGGUUCGUGGCCAAGCUCUACAUGCACACGCACCCCGGCCGCCUGCUGCUGGGCCUCACGCUCGGCCUGUGGCUCACCACCGCCUGGGUGCUGUCUGUGGCCGAGAGGCAGGUCGUCAACGCCACGGGGCACCUGGCAGACACGCUGUGGCUGAUUCCGAUCACCUUCCUCACCAUCGGCUAUGGCGACGUGGUUCCGGGCACCUUCUGGGGCAAGAUCGUGUGCCUAUGCACUGGCGUCAUGGGUGUCUGCUGCACGGCCCUGCUGGUGGCCGUGGUGGCCCGGAAGCUGGAGUUUAACAAGGCGGAAAAGCACGUGCACAACUUCAUGAUGGACAUCCACUGUGCCAAAGAGAUGCGGGAGUCGGCGGCCCGGCUGCUGCAGGAGGCCUGGAUGCACUACAAGCACACGCGCCGGAAGGACACGCGGGCCGCGCGCCGGCACCAGCGCAGGGUGCUGGCUGCCAUCCUCAGGUUCCGCCAGGUCCGCACGAAACACCGGAAGCUCCGGGAGCAGGUCAACUCCAUGGUGGACAUCUCCAAGAUGCACAUGGCCCUGUGCGACCUGCAGCGCGGCCUCAGCUCCUCGCACCGCGCCCUGGAGGACAGGAUCGACGGGCUGGCGGGGCGGCUGGACGCCCUGAUGGAGCUGCUGGACCGCGCCUUGCAGCCGCUGCCACAGCCCAGCGCAGAGGACACCUAGCUGAUCCAGGAAGAAUCAGGCUCUGCACGCAAGGGCUGAGCUCAAGGACGUCCUCAGCUCUUCAGGCCCGUGGACAAACACGCCGGCACACAGUGGGCCCACGGCGACAUGCACGGACUCUGGUGGUGGCAGCUGGGAGGGGUCGCUGGCUUGGACCCGACCGCAGCAGGAGCGUGGUCCCCGCUGCACGCACCCGUGCCCUCACCAGAACUGUGCCCUGGAGGAGAUGCGGGGUCCGCGGGCCGGCUUCGCAGGAGGAGGGCGCAGGAGGAGGGCGCGG